AUGUCGACAGCCUCGUCUGAGCUGUCGCAGUCUUCUAGCGACACGGAUAGUCGCGAAGGACAUCCAGUCGCCCGGCGGAUCCAGCGCCAGGGGAUUCAGGAACGGCUCGACACUGCAGCGCCGCAGAAUAUUCUCUUGUCCCUGAUCGCAUUUCGCAUCCUCAAUGCCCUGUGCGUGCGCACGUUUUUCCAGCCGGAUGAAUUCUUCCAGUCUCUGGAGCCUGCAUGGCAGCUCGCGUUUGGCAAGGACAGUGGUGCAUGGAUAACAUGGGAAUGGACGCACCAUCUGCGGUCCUCGAUUCAUCCGAUAUUAUUCGCAGCUGUAUAUUAUGUCGCCGAUAUCCUGUCAUGGUGCCUGCGUCUCUCACCGUUGACGCGUGCGGAGGUGCUAGUCGUUGCGCCAAAGAUCACGCAAGCGAUCAUCGCGGCCGUGGGGGAUUAUUACACUUGGAAACUAGCGGGCAAGGUUUAUGGACAAGGUAGCAAUGAGGCAUGGGCAGUGCGGAUGCUUACCGUCGUAAGCCCAUGGCAGUGGUUUUGCUCUACGAGGACUUUCUCCAAUUGUCUCGAAACAACCUUGACGGUCGUCGCAUUGUACUUUUGGCCAUGGAGAUGGACUAUUGCGCCUCAGAAUAACAAGAGUGAGGAUGAGGACGACGAUGACCUCAUUACCAACAGUGACAUGAACGAAGAGCCAGAGGAGCGCAAUGAGUCUGGGAGUCUGCGCAAGUGCCUGCUCCUUGCUGCCCUCGCAUGUGUGCUGCGGCCCACGAAUAUCAUCAUCUGGAUAACGCUUGCUGGCUUCAUGCUAUCCAAGGCUACCAGGGGAGAAUGCUUGAUCAUUGCCAGAGAGGCUACCAUUUGGGGAUCUUGCGUCUUGGGCUUCUCAAUUUUUGUCGACUCUCUUUACUACGGAACGUGGACCUUUCCUCCCCUCAAAUUUCUAUAUUUCAACAUAGCUCAAUCACUGGCUGUGUUCUACGGUCGGAACGAUUGGCAUUACUACAUAUCACAGGGAUUUCCUUUGCUUCUUAUAACGGCGUUGCCUUUCGGACUGGUCGGACUAUACCAGGCUGUCUUUCCUUGUACUCGUCCGCACCAGGAACACGCGGCAGCAUCGAUCAAGCGCCAGCUGGGCUGGGUUUGUAUCAUCAUGCCAUCUGUCCUGUCCCUCAUUUCACAUAAGGAAGUCCGGUUCAUCUACCCUCUGCUUCCGUGUUUACACAUUCUGACGGCACCUCCAUUUCUGGACUGCUUCCUGCCUGCGAUCGCGAGCUCGUCCGCGGCGCACACGCCUCGCAGGCUUAUCCUUCUUUUCCUUUUACUGGUGAAUGUGACUAUUGCGCUCUAUACUACACUCACGCACGCUUCUGGUGUCAUUGAUGUUCUUUCGUAUCUCCGUGGUGAGCACGAAGCGCACUACCAGGCUCAGACGCAACCCCCGCAGUCAUCCCUGACCCCUGUUCUUCCUUCGAGUUCACCAAACAUGACAGUAGGAUUCCUCAUGCCCUGUCAUAGCACCCCCUGGCGAUCAAAUCUGGUCUUUCCCUCCAUCCGCGGCUGGGCUUUGUCGUGCGAGCCUCCCGUGGGUCUCGACCAGACACAGAAGGCUGCCUAUCUCGACGAAGCAGACCAGUUCUACGCUAACCCGAGUGACUUUCUGCGAGCAAACAUGGUUGGGGGUCUCCGACACAUUCCGCGAAGACCGUCCUACCUUGCACCCUUUCCUUCCCUUCAGCGACCACAAGAGCUUCCUACGACACUCAAGGACGAAAAAGGCAUGCCCCGGUUCAUACAUGAGUGGCCCGAUUAUCUUAUCUUCUUCGCCCAGUUAGAACCAACCAUGCAAUCCCUUCUGCGGGGCAGCUCCUACGGCGAGUGCUGGCGAACAUUCAACACCGCAUGGCAUGACGACUGGCGACGCCGGGGUGACAUCGUUGUAUGGUGCCUUGAUCCCAAGCUGCAGCAAGAUUCGCGCGACAGUGCUCGGAAGAAGGAGCAAGCCCGUCGAGACAAACAGUUCGACAGGAUAGUUGAGACUUUCAGAAGGCAAGGAAGACCGCAGAAGUCGUGGUGGCAAUGGCCUUCCUGGUCUUAUUCUGGACUACACUGGCCUCGUGCCUGGCCCUUUGCCAAGCAGAAGAGAAGUAUAUUCGAGCUUCCAUCUGACUCGUUCUGGAGAAGGAACAAGAAAACAAACUUCUUAAGCGAUCUCAAGCUCCCUUCCUGGCCUUUCUCAUCGAAGAAAAAGAAGAAGUCGAUUCUCGACCGCGAAUUGUGGGAAUAG